AGGUUGGAGCAGAAGCGGAUGGGGGUGGACAGGGGAAAGGCGGAGGGGCGGGGGAUGGUGGGGGAGGAGAUGGGGAGAUAAGGGGUCAGGGGACAGGGAUUGGGGAGGACACAAAUGGAGUGAGUAAAUAUGGGGAGGCAAAGGAUGGGGGGGAAGGGGAUGGCACUAGUAGGGUGGUGAAAGGAGGGGAUGAUUCAUUAGGUGGUGGAGGCGGAUGUGGGGCAGGUAGACCUGGGGAAGGUACGUCUGUGGCGAAUGGCAGUGUGGUGCUGCUGCAAAGCAGUGUGCAGGCCGCCAAACCUCGCGUUGCUGCUCUUGGCGUUUUCGAGGCGGCCCAAACCUCGACCACCAAGCCUCAUGCUGUUUUGCCCACCAAGCCUCGUGUUGCGGGCCGGUACUUUGCAGAAGAGGAAGAGGACGAGGAGGCGAGAAAGAGGGCCGAACGCGAGGCUCGAUAUGAGGCGAGCAUGAUUGUGGAUGGGGUGGAUAUCUCCCACCUGAGCCGCAAGGAGCGCAAGCGGAUAAGGUACAAGGCGCGGCGGCGGGAGAUGCGGCGACAAGAGGAGAUGCGGCAGCAGGAGGAGAUGAUGCGGUUUGAGGAGACGAGGCAGAUAGAAGAGGUGGGGAAACUAGAGGGAUUGAGGCGAGAUGGCGAGGUGGAGCAGAUGGAGGAGGCGGCUGAGACAGCACCACCAGCAGCAGUGGCACCGACAGCAACCACCAUUGCUGCCAGAGUGCCUGCUCUUGAGUAUCCUGCUCCUGUGCUGAAGCUGUUUUUUGGCGAGGGUGAUGAGGAGGAGUGA